AUGGGAGGCGGGAAAAAGAACAAAGUCAACGGCACGGGGAAAGUCCUCGCGAAAUCAAAGCUGAAGAUGAAAAAAGGCAACCUAGGAAAAAGCCGCACGUCUUCAAACGCAUCGCGAUACGUGACCAGGAACGAAGCGCUGAACAAACUGCAGCUGAAAUUGAGCGAUUUUCGCCGACUUUGCAUUCUCAAAGGAAUACAUCCCAGAGAACCGAAGAAGAAAGUCAAAGGCCAAGGGAAAACGUAUUACCACGCGAAAGAUAUCGCGUUUUUACUCCACGAACCGCUGAUGAAAACCUUUCGAGAGUUACGCGCGCACGAGAGGAAGAUUAAGAAAGCGAAGGCGAAGAAACACUUCAACCAAGUGGACCGGUUGCGAGAACACAAACCGAUGUAUACGCUGGACCAUUUAGUGAAGGAACGGUACCCGACGUUUCUCGACGCCUUGAGAGAUUUGGACGAUUGUUUAACGUUAGUGCACUUGUUUGCGUUGUUACCGGCGGCGAAAAGGCACGGGAUUCCGCAAGAUAUCGUCGCGAAAUCGAGGGAGUUGAGCUUGGAGUUUCAAUCGUACGUGACGAGAAAACGCGCUUUGAGGAAAGUUUUCAUUUCCGUGAAGGGCAUUUAUUACGAAGCUGAAAUUCGAGGCGAACCGGUCGUGUGGUUAGUGUCGCACAACAUGCAGCAAACGUUACCGGAAGACGUGGAUUAUCGCGUGAUGUUGACGUUUUUGGAGUUUUACAUCUCGAUGACGACGUUCGUCAAUCAUCAGUUGUACCACGAGGACAAUUUGAGGUACCCGCCAGUCUUGGACGUGGCUUUAGAGGAUGCCGCGACUGGUGCGGUAGCAAUCGUGCACGAACUGAAGAAAAAGAUAGAAAACGCCACUUUAGUCGCGCAGGCGAGGGAAAACGCCGCAAAAGCGAAAGCAGACGACGACGUAAACGACGACGGAGAGAAACCGAAAAAGAGAAAGAAAACGUUAGCGGAGAAACUGAAAGAAAUCGCGCAGUUUGAAGACGGCGAAGAUGAGGACGAUAUCGCGGAAAGAGAAGCGGCUGAACGCGAGCGCGAGCGCGAAAACGAACAGUUACGAAUGGAGGAAAACAUCGAGAUGAUGACCACCGGCGACGAAGCCGACGCGCAAAUGGCGACAACCAUCACGGACGAAGAACGAAACGCAAACUUGUCCGAUCGCGAGUUGUUAAUUUUAGACCGAAAACGACGCGCGAAUUUGUUCAACGGUUUGACUUUUCUCAUCAAACGCGAGUGUCCUCGCGAAGCGAUGGUGUUCAUCGUAAAGUCCUUCGGCGGCGAAGUGUGUUGGGAAGGCGAAGGCUCGCCCAUCGACGUCGACGAGGAGAAGGAUAAAAUCACGCACGUCAUCAUGGACCGCCCGUUGCCGAACGACCAAAAGCCAGCCGCGGAAAUCUCUCGGGAGUUUGUCGUUCCGCAGUGGGUGUGCGAUUGCGCCAACUAUAGAAUCUUAAUCCCUACGGAAAAAUAUUUCCCCGGGAAGAAACCGCCGCCGCACUUAUCGCCGUUCGUCGACCCGGAAGAGGAAGGGUAUUACCCGGAAUACUUGCUGGAGUUGAUGAAGUUGCAACACGACUUUGGCGUUCCAGGGAGAAAGAAGUUACCGUCCUCGGCGUCUGGAACGGACAAGAAAAAGCCGAAGAAAACCGAAGAAGAGGAAGAAGAAGAGACGCACAGAAAAGAACUCGAGAAGGAAAUCAAAGGCGUGCCGUAUUCAAAGUCGUUGGAGAACGAGAAGAUCGACGACGAUUCGGACGAUUCGGAUUCGGAUUCGGACUCCUACCCGGGCGAGGAAGGCGAAUCGGAAGAUUCCGACCCGGACGAGUCUUCCUCCGACGAAGAUGACGACGACGAGACCGGCGAAAAGAGAGUGAAAUCGAAACUCACGCCGGAAAUGGCCAUGAGAGAAAAAGACAAGAUUGUUCGCGAACGCGUCCAAAAAGGAGGCGAAGAAGCCGAGUUGGACCACUUGAGAUCUGCUUUACUUCCGAGAAAGAAGAGAGAGUUGUAUAAAGCCAUGCAAAUUGGUCUCGCGAAGAAAGAGAAACGCGCGGAAGAGUUGAGGAAACGCGCGGCAGAGUUGAAACAAAUGGCGAGAGAUAAAGGCGGAAACAAACGAGUCAAAACGACCAAAGGCGCCGGGGCCGCCGGCGGCGCGAAGAAAAAACAAAAGAAGAAGUAA